AUGGCGUCGAGAGCCAAUGCCUCCUCUCCAACGAGGCAGAAGAAUGACGAGGACCCCGCCGAAACGACGUCAGGAGCUGUAGGAGAGGAAUGCGCCGUGACUCAUACACCGAAGUCAGACAUGGGGCUUUCCACCGGCUUCGAGAGCGAAGACCGAGUGUAUCCGAUCCGGUCGGUCAUCUCCGUUGAUCCCUCAACGGUCUCUCAGUCGCAACAGCAGACGCAGAGUAAUUUGAACUCACGCGCCAUCGGAGCGCGAGAAUGGUCUAUCAUCGAUGCCGAGACCUGGGAUAAGAUGCGAGCGCAGACGAAAAAAAGUGCAGGUGAUUCUGCCGCUACUGAGCCAUCUCCGCCAGCACCGGAUACUGCAGGUUCAUCAUCUGAGCCACCCGACCAUGGCCGUUCUCACGGCCUCAGUCACGCGCCGGUUCCGGGUUCCGCUCUGACCAAGUCUCAGGAUUCAGAAGUCGAUCCCGAGCAUGGUCUUGUUACUGCCCGAUAUCGCCAUGUAGUGACCGAUGGCGGCCAUAUGGUCAUCACUGGAAGAGCCAAUGACUCGUAUCAAGCAUGCGAAGACGAACCGAUCCACAUCCCUGGUGCGGUGCAGAGUUUUGGGUGUUUGCUUGUGCUGCGGGAGGAAAUUGACGGAAAGUUGGCGGUCCGUGUAGCCAGCGAGAAUUCUGAGGUCAUCCUUGGAUACUCACCCAAGUGUCUCUUUGCAUUACCGAACUUCUGUGACAUUUUGGAUGAAGAGCAGACAGAUAAUCUAUUGGAUCAUCUUGAUUUCGUCCGCGAUGAUGGAUAUGACCCUUCCGUCGAUGGCCCCGAGGUUUUUCUUUUGUCUGUGAAGCUCCCUUCUGGUAAACCUCGGCGAUUCUGGUGCGCCGCCCAUCUCAGCCCAGCCGGCUCAAAUUCGGUCAUCUGCGAGUUUGAAUUGGAGGACGACCGAAUCAAUCCCUUGAGUGUUUCCGGUCUAACUACGCCGGUGACACCGACCGAUACUCUUGGAGUCGAACCGACGCCAGAGCAACUCGAGCACAGCACAGUCAAUAUCAGUCAACCCCUGCGAGUGCUACGAAACGCGCGUCGGAGACGAGGCGAGGCCGCUGCAAUGGAAGUGUUUAGCAUUUUGUCCCAGAUCCAAGAUCAAUUGGGUCGUGCCAAGUCGUUGGAUUCCUUGUUAAACACGGCCACUGGUUUGGUGAAAGAAUUGACUGGUUUCCAUCGUGUUCUGAUCUAUCAGUUCGAUACCGAAUGGAACGGAACUGUUGUUGCUGAACUGGUUGAUCCCAAAGCGAGCGUCGACUUGUACAAAGGACUCUGCUUUCCGGCCUCUGAUAUUCCGAAGCAAGCGCGAGACUUGUAUCGAAUCAACAAAGUCCGCUUGCUCUAUGAUCGCGAUCAGGUCACAUCGCGAUUGGUCUGUCGGACGCUGGAGGACUUGCGAACGCCUGUAGACAUGACGCACUCCUACCUGCGUGCAAUGUCGCCCAUUCACCUCAAAUAUCUGGCAAAUAUGGGUAUCAGUGGCUUCAACGAGCUAUGGGGUCUCAUCUCAUGUCACACCUACGGGACUCACGGCAUGAGAGUCUCCUUUCCGGUUCGAAAAAUGUGCCGGUUGAUUGGCGACACUGUGUCGCGGAAUAUCGAACGUCUGUCUUACGCAUCACGGCUCCAAGCCCGCAAAUUAAUCAAUACCGUCCCAACCGACCAAAAUCCCUCGGGAUACAUCAUCGCCACUUCGGACGAUCUGCUCAAACUGUUUGACGCCGACUAUGGUGCUCUCUCAAUCCGUGAUGAGACGAAACUUCUGGGAAAGAUGACGCACUCACAGGAAAUCUUGGCUUUACUGGAAUACCUCAGGAUGCGACGGAUGAAUUCUGUGGUUGCUUCACAUCACAUCACCAAAGACUUCCCUGAUCUCUUUUAUCCUCCUGGGUUCAAGCACAUCUCCGGCAUGCUCUAUGUGCCUUUGUCGCCCGGCGGCACCGAUUUCAUGGUCUUCUUCCGUAGGGGACACCUUACGGAAAUCAAAUGGGCGGGCAACCCAUAUGACAAGAAACCUCAAAAUGGCCAUUUGGAACCGCGCAAGAGUUUUCAAACCUGGCGAGAAACAGUCCUAGAUCAGUCUCGAGAAUGGACCGAGUCCGAUGUCGAGACGGCAGCUGUGUUGUGUCUCGUUUAUGGCAAGUUCAUUAAAGUGUGGCGACAAAAGGAAGCCGCAAUGGAGAACUCGCAAUUGACGCGGCUCCUCCUCGCAAACUCGGCCCAUGAAGUUCGCACGCCAUUGAAUGCUGUCAUAAACUAUCUGGAAAUUGCUUUGGAAGGCUCCUUAGACCCGGAGACCCGCGACAACCUUACGAAGUCCUACUCUGCAUCCAAAUCUCUGAUCUAUGUCAUCAACGACCUACUGGAUCUGACCAACACCGAAAAGGGCCAGAAGCUCAUCAAAGACGAAGUAUUUGACCUUCCAGCGACUUUCCGAGAAGCCAGCGAUAUGUUUGAGGGAGAGGCCAAGCGUAAGAAGGUUGAUUACAAGGUGGUAGUGCACCCUGGACUUCCCCCAGCGGCCAUUGGCGACCAGCGUCGAGUUCGUCAGGUGUUCACCAAUCUCAUUUCCAAUGCCGUUCGCCAUACAACAGCAGGCAGCGUGACCACGGAGAUUUGGCGCUCUUCCGAGCAGGCGCAGCCAGGAUGCGUGUUGGUCCAAAUGACCGUUUUGGACACGGGAUCAGGAAUGUCUCAGAGCAUCCUUGAGGCUUUGUUCCAAGAACUUGAGCAAGUCUCGACGGAUGAUGGCAGUUAUUGGUUUGACCCGGAAGAGCAGACACACUCUCCCGACUCGUGCGGUCAGGAUAAACGUGUACUGGGUUUGGGUCUGGCGUUGGUAGCUCGAAUUGUUCGCAACAUGGACGGCCAGUUGAGUGUUCGGUCGGAGGAGGGCAAGGGCAGCUGUUUCAAAAUCUCACUCAACUUCCCAGUUCCGGACGACGCGGCAUCUGGUAAACCAGAAGAGCUAUCUGUGCCGGAUAUCGUGGAACCAGCAGUUCCGAUUCGGCCGGAAGAGGAGUUCAUGCUCGUCGACAGCAGGUCCACUCGAAGCGGCGGACGGCGGCGUAGUACCGGCAGCAAUCACAGCAGGGGCAGUUACAAUAGCUCCCGCAGCGGCAGGAGUAACAGGAGUGAAGCCGAUCGAUUGAUUAGUGCCAUGCAGGAAUCCCCUCUGCUGCAACGAACAACCAGCGAAGGAUCUGAGCAGAGAGGUCCCAGACCAGCGGGACGCACCCAGGGCAGCGCGGACAACAGACAUGCAACGUCUACCCAAUCUCUUCCAAACUUAAAGGACAAAUCGAGUCCGCAACAAUGGCCGGUGACACAAGCUCGCCCCUUUCCGAGCACGGCACGCACGAUGACGCCUCUGGUCUCCCCGCCUUUGCCUGGCCACGAACCCGUUACCGACUCUGGAGUCCCAAUGACAGCGAUACGAAUUCCCCCAGAGGACGUGGAGCGGCCACCUUCACCCCCGGCUAAAGCUUUGCUAAGCCAACCUGGGACCUCGGCAGACUUGCCAAGCGAGGCUGAACCACCCUCAGCACCUGCCCCCAACGCUGAACCGACUACUCUGCGCGUUCUCGUUGCCGAGGACGACCCUGUUAACAGCAAGAUCGUGCAGAAACGACUAAGUAAAUCGGGGCACGCUGUCAUCCUCACAGGAAAUGGCGAAGAAUGUGCGACUGCGUUUCGCCGUGAUUCUGCAGAGGUCGACGUUGUCCUGAUGGAUAUCCAGAUGCCAAUUGUCGACGGUAUAGGGUCUACCAGGAUGAUCCGCCAGUUCGAGCGAGAAUUUCAACUCCCGCUGACUGACAGAGCGAGCAAGAAUGGCCGCGUACCCGUCUUCGCGGUCUCAGCAUCGCUCCUCGAAAAAGACGCACAAGUGUACAUUGAAGCUGGCUUUGACGGGUGGAUCAUGAAACCUAUCAACUUCAACCGGUUGGCUGUUCUCUUUGACGGUCUUCAGAACCAUGACAUCCGCAAUGCAGCCACUUACCGACCCGGGCACUGGGAGUUGGGAGGCUGGUUCAAACGCCAUGGGGAGCUCUGA